AUGUUGGACUUGCUAUUUCCAAACCUGUCUGAGUCACUGAAUGUACAGAGAGACUUCAAGUGCAAGGCAUCGUUUUAUACUCACAGGGUGAUGAGGGGCCUCUCCAUUUGCUUCACGUGCCUCCUGAGCGUGCUCCAGGCCAUCACCAUAAGCCCCAGGACCUCCGUGGUAGGGAGAAUUCAACAGAAAUGUAGAAAUUACAUUACCAAAGUUUUCUUGUUUUUCUGGUCCCUCAAUCUGACAUUCAAUAGUAACAUCAUCUUCUAUACUGUUGCUUAUUCUGGUACGAAUCAGACCAGCGUACUCAGUGUCAGUAAAUAUUGUUCGAUUUCUCCCGCACAAGCUGGCAUUAGGGAACUGUUUUUCACACUGACAUUGUCCAGGGACAUCUUCUUUGUAGGUCUCAUGCUGCUCUCUAGUGCAUACAUGGUGUUUGUCUUGUCCAGGCACCAGAGGCAAUCCCGGCACCUAUAUGGCAUCAGUCUCUCCCCCAGAGCCUCCCCAGAGCAAAGGGCCACACAGACCAUCCUGCUGCUGGUGAGCGUCUUUGUGCCCAUGUACUGGAUAAACCUCAUCAUCUCGUCCUUCUCAACCUUGCUGUGGACGUAUAACCCGGUCCUGUUGAAUGUGCAGAACAUUGUCCUCAAUGCCUAUGCUGCUGUGUGCCCUUUAAUACAAACUGCAUGCCAUAAAAGACUAAAAGAUAACGUGAAAACGCUACUCUGUAAGUACCACCCAUGCUUUCGAAGAUAA